AUGUUCGAAAGGUUCCUCCACGAGGUUAAUAACAACCGAGUCGCAAAGGUUUCAUUUGUCCAAUCAUGGAUGGACCAACUCAACCAAGACAAACCAAACGACCUUGUUCGUCUCUGCCGCAGUGAGUGGGAGAAGCUUACCCAACCCUACGACGUCAGCAGAGAGGCUGUUCCCAAACCAGCAAUGGAACCAAACAAAAGAGGAAGAGUACCUCUCAAGCAAGCGUACCUCCAAAGGCUGACCAUAGCCAACGAAAAGUGGAAUGUGUACGACCCGUCCAGGCCAAAAGACCUUAGCAACCGACGAAAGAGUGUAUCCAAUGAAUGA